AGGAGAAUAUGAAUAAAUAGGGAGCAGAGGCAGAACUGAGCUUUACAUGCUAUUCUAAGUCUGAGAAUAUUACAUUGAUUUUUUUGCAACAAAAGAGCGCACUUUGGAAAGAAGGAGAGGGGAAAAAAAAAAAGAAAUAUAAGGGCAUACCAACCACAAGAGAUAUGUCCCUGUCUGUCAAAGAGAAGACAAGUGCAAGGCUUGUGUUCUUGGGAGCGGCAGGAGUUGGGAAGACAUCCUUGAUUUGCCGUUUUCUCCAGGACACGUUUGACGUGAAGCAUAGGCACACUGUGGAAGAGUUGCACAGCACAGAGUAUGAAACUGCAGGUGGCACAGAAGUUAAAAUUGAAAUCUUGGAUACCAGUGGGAGUUACGAGUUUCCCGCAAUGAGAAAAUUGAGCAUGCAGAGCGGAGAUGCCUUUGCGCUUGUUUAUUCGGUUGACGACCCAGACAGCUUUGAGAGGGUACGUAGAUUACGGGAGGAGAUUUUAGAGGUCAAGGAAGAAAAAAGUCCCCCGAUUGUUGUAGUAGGGAACAAAAAAGAUGAGGCGGUUACCCAAAAAGUGCUUUGGAAGGAAGCCAUGUCAACCGUGGAACUGGAGUGGAACAGCUGUUUAUUGGAGACAUCUGCCAAGGAAAAUCUCAAUGUGACAGAAGUAUUCAGGGCACUGCUGACAGAAGUCAACUUACCUUAUCGACUGAGUCCAGCUUUAAGGAGAAGGAGGGAAACCAUUCCUAAUGAGGGUAAUCGCAAACCUCCCAUGAACAAAACUAACAGUUGUAGCAUGUGUUGAUAGCAGACCUUCAAAUUCCAGCUGUGUGUAUGCAAGGACUAAAAAUGGGACAUAAGGAAGGAGAGUGGAAGCAAACAUUCAACACUCUAAACUACAGAGAACAAUCGUUUCCACUAUGGCCAGCAAGAAUCUAAUAGUUAUGGAUUUUAUGUUUUAACGCAAAACAGUUGUUGCAUUGAAGGAAUAAGGGCAGCUAUUGAAACCCUUAGAUUUAUGAGAAGAAAAAAAACAAAAAUGGUUGACCUCCUGUCUGAUUUACAAUAUGUAGAUAACAAACCUAACUUGCACAUCUACCCAUUUAUUGACUGAAGAUCAAAAAUGACUGUAUAACCUGUGCUAUUUAGAUGGAUAGCAAAAUAGUCUAAGAAAAUGUGUUCUGAUCUCACCAGAAAUGUGGCAGCAGUUUUGUGCUUUUUGGAAAAUAGUCCAUGGUAGAUUACAACAAAAACAGAUUAUGCAAAUUGUCAACUACUAAUUAAAUCAAAAUCAUAAAAUUCUAUGAGAUCAGGUAACCAGAUGGAUUUUUUUUUAUUUUUUUUUUAAAUUUCAGUAUUGCAAAUGGUGAUGAGCAGUCAUUUUACCUUACCCCAACCUUCUGUUGCAUUCACUUGUAAUGUCUAUGAAUUAACCAGAUGUUUAGCCGUAAUACACUAAAGCUAGAUUGCUUACACUUGAGGAUAAACUCAUUGUAAAACUGUUGUCUCUAAGAUGUUUUUAUUCUUUAAUAUGGACAAACAACUGUUGGGUAGCAUAAAAACCGAGAUAUAUUGUUUGCAUAAGAAAAUAAAAAUGUAUUUACUUGUUGAAAAUUAAAUUAGUUCAUGACUUGAAAUUUAACAA